CAAAGCUCAGCUUAUAUGAAAUAAGCCGUCCUUUUCUUCCUCUUCCUCUACUACCACAAUCCAAACCCUAAAAUGUCAGCCGCCCAUUUACUGUCGCAUCCACCCACCAAUGCAAAGUUUCCCGUCCACUUCCGCACCUCCCCCCACUCCGCCUCGCCCUCCUCCUUCUCCUUUCAUCUCCUCUCAAAAUCAACAACAACAGCACUAACCAUAAUCCCUCGCGCUGUUCUCUCCGAAACGUCCUCCCAUACUUCACCUCUCUCAUCCACUUCCGGUGCCGCCAUUGGAUCCUUCACGAGAUCGCCGGAGGGUUACCUAUGCUGCGAUGGCGUCCGCGUGCAGGACGCAAUGGAAGCGGUCGAGCGUCGCCCCUUCUAUCUCUACAGCAAGGCUCAGAUCACUCGCAACUUCGAAGCGUAUCGAGAGGCUCUUGAAGGGCUGAGUUCGAUCGUCGGGUAUGCCGUCAAGGCCAACAAUAAUCUCAAGAUUCUUGAACACUUACGGGAACUGGGUUGUGGCGCAGUGCUUGUCAGUGCGAAUGAGCUCCGACUCGCACUUCGUGCUGGCUUCGAUCCUACCAGAUGUGUAUUUAAUGGAAACGGGAAGUUGGUGGAGGAUCUUGUUUUGGCUGCGAAGGAAGGUGUGUUUGUGAAUAUUGAUAGCGAGUUUGACCUGGAGAAUAUUGUUACCGCAGCAAGAGUGGUAGGGAAGAAGAUUCGAGUUUUGCUUAGAAUAAAUCCGGAUGUAGACCCUCAGGUGCAUCCUUAUGUAGCAACAGGCAACAAGAAUUCCAAGUUUGGCAUCAGAAAUGAGAAGUUGCAAUGGUUCCUAGACACUAUAAAAUCUUAUCCAAAUGAACUCAAACUUGUUGGGGCUCAUUGCCACUUGGGAUCAACUAUUACUAAAGUUGAUAUAUUCAGAGAUGCUGCUAUCCUGAUGGUCAAUUACAUUGAUGAAAUUCGAUCUCAAGGUUUUGAAGUCGAAUUCUUAAACAUUGGAGGUGGUUUAGGUAUAGAUUACUAUCAUGCAGGUGCCAUUCUUCCAACACCAUUGGAUCUCAUCAACACUGUGCGUGAGCUAGUUCAUUCUCGUGAUUUGAAUCUUAUUAUUGAACCUGGAAGGUCACUCAUUGCCAAUACUUGCUGUUUUGUUAAUCGAGUAACUGGAGUUAAGACAAAUGGUACAAAAAAUUUUGUAGUUAUUGAUGGCAGCAUGGCAGAGCUCAUACGUCCGAGUCUGUAUGGAGCAUACCAGCACAUUGAGCUUGUUUCUCCGCCUUCUCCUGAUGCUAAGAUUUCUACUUUUGAUGUUGUGGGACCUGUAUGUGAGUCUGCAGAUUUCUUAGGAAAGGACAGAGAACUUCAUACACCAGCUAAGGGAGCUGGAUUGGUCGUUCAUGAUGCCGGUGCAUAUUGUAUGAGCAUGGCUUCAACUUACAACUUGAAAAUGAGGCCUCCGGAAUAUUGGGUUGACAAUGGAUCUUUAGUAAAGAUUAGGCAUGGUGAGACCUUCGAUGACUUCAUAAAGUUCUUUGAUGGCCUGUAGUCUAUAUAUAUCUUCAUCAUCAAGAUAAAAUUACUGCUACAAUGGGCAGAGGAUUGCAAGGAUGAUGCUUUAGUAGUCUGUUAUUUCAGAAAAAAAUUGAACUGAUUAUUUGGCCAUUUUUAUGUUUGAAUAGUUAUUGUAGAUCAAUCAUCUUAAAUUUCAGUAGAACUUCUUACAUCUCA